AUGGAUACUCCCAUCGAGAAGUCGGCAGAUGCCGAGCAUUUAGAAGCUCUCUGUCACAGCUUCGUCAACGCCUGCAACACCCGCCGAUUAGAUCGAGCAAACCCAGUCUGGGACGCCUACGCACCAACAUUCCGCGCAGAACCUGAUCUGGACCCCAAUCAAAAGAUCGUAAACCUCGAGGAACUCCUGGCGCAGAUUAGGGAAGUCAUCGCUGCAAAUCCGGCUCAUCAGAUUGAGAUUUUCUCCUUCGAUGUCAAAAUCACGGAGAAGACCGGGAAUGCGCAUGUUUUUAUGACUACGGAGAUCACGGGGUGUCCGGAGGGUGUGAGGAGGCAGAAUGCGGUAAUUUUUGAGUUUAGGAAGAUUGAAGGAAAGUGGAAAGCGAUUUGGUAUAGAGGAUUGCGAGGGACUGGUGGCUUGGAUAGUGGGUUCGGCGGCCUGUAG